UCAAGGUGUGGCUGCGGGACGGGGAAGUAGGGACGGUCUGUCGCCAUGGCAGCGAAGAGUGGGAUGGCUGGAGCAGAGACGGGAGGCGACUAAACACCGCAGCACCGAAUUAGGCAUGGCCAGUGGGCGAUAGAGAGCAGAGGCUUUCCGCGUUUUCUCGUUAUGAAGCCGCCAUCGAGGCAGCGUUCGGCCCCUGCUCGCUAUGAUCUGGGUCCCGUUGCCCACGUUUGGACAGAUCAAGAAAAGAGGCGCCUUCUCAAGGCCUUAAGAGCUCACACGGAGGGUCCGCUGCGCCCAGAACUACUGAAGAAAUAUCUGCCUUGGAGGGAUGAGGCUGAGAUCUUGGCCUUUGUACAACUACUGAAAGAACGUGUGGCGAGGGAAGCAGUCAAAGCGCAAUAUCAGUCUCUGAAGCGUCAGCGUCAGGAUGGCCCAACUCCAGCACCUAUUGAGGUCUGGACAGAGCUGGCUGAGAAGCUGACAGGUGGUCUUGAGAAUAGUGUGACAACUGCAUUUUCCCAGGUUUUAACUAUUGCAUCUACUGAGCCUCUCAGUUUGCUUCAUUCUGUGCCCCCAAAGCCUGUGGACACAAAGAACCCACAGUAUCCAUCCUCAGCUGCACAUGAUGAGCAAAGGGAAAAGUUGCAGACAGUAAUCCUUCCAUCAAAUGCAGAACAGGCUCCUGCAGAACAGCAAGGAUUCCAUGUGGACUUUGAAAAGAUCUACAAGUACCUUUCCAUGCUGUCAAGUGGUUCCAAAGUACCAGAACUCUCACCUGGCGAGGCAGCUGUAGUCCUGGAUCUGUUGCUAUCUCUUCCAGAAGAGCUGGUCUUUCUAGAUAUUAAAAAGCUGAGGAGUCACAUGCACAAAUGCUGUAUGGAGUUAAAUGCUCACUAUGCUGGUGAGAGAAGCCAAAAGCAAGCAGAUUCGAGCCAGAAUGCAAACAGUAGUGGAGAUUUAUACAAUGCGUCUCUCCCGCUGUACCAGAUCAGUAACAGCCAUCCACAACAUAAAGAUGCUAAUUCUACAGAUUCUUCCAAGGCUGAUGCUCCUGGGCCUUCUGCUGUGGACUGGAAGACUUUGGGUAUCUGUCCUGUGAACUCAUUUUUACUUCCUUUGAAUAUUUUGGCACAAAAGAAAGUGAGCUUGGACUGAAGAAAUUAUUUUAUGUACAGAAUUGUCUUUUCAAAAUAUUUGUGAUAGCUAUUUAAGGCUUCCUCUCAGAGCUGUCUUACCAUAGAUUUCAUAGCAGCACUGUAUAUUUAAGUUGCCUGGCCAGCUCUUUACAUCUUGUUCUGUGAAUAGUGUUGUGUGUGAGUGUUCUGCAGAACACGUACAUUGCUUUUGCUUGCCUAGUAGCAGUGUUUUUCAUCCUGGAUCAUUUUAACAGUUCAUUUUGUUAGAUGGGUUGAUUCUGGCCAAGGGGAUUCAUACUCCCAUAACUUCAGCCACUGGUAUGUAGAGAUUAGAAAUGGCUCCAAUAGCUGUAACUGCCUUAAAGGUUAUGCCUCAACCACAGCAUUUUCUAUAGCAUAUUUAUGCUCUAGUAUGGAAAUAUGAAAGGAUGUUCACUUCUUAUGUAGCUAUAACUAUUGCCCAGGCUAAUAGUCAUUAGCAAUCAAAUAUCUGGUACAGUAUUAGAAUAAGCUGCUGCCGUCAUGAAAGCUUAAACUGUGACAUUCACAAUCUUAUAAUAUCAUAUGAAGAAUUACUAUAUACUGUGGUAUUAAAAUGCGUACUUUACCCACUUCCCUGACCUCUGGUAAUGAUAUGAAAAACAAUGGAUGACUAUGCCAUCACUGUAUCAUCUGUGAAAUAUACAGAGGUGAUUGAGUUUUGGCAAACUAUUACCACAUUACCUGCGAAAGGCAGACAAAAUGUAGGAGAAAGAACAUAAGCUGUAUAAUAUGGAGCUAGAUUUGUAUAUGUUAAAAGUGAACACUAAUCGACAUGGCUCCCAUUACUACUGCUGCCUGGUAUUAUUGUGUUAAGGGAGCAUUACUUGAUAGUUUAGCAGGGAUAUUUAUUAAUGCUGACAAUCAAGGCAGACUUCUAAGAGCAAUAGGGAAGAAUAGCUAGCUUUUAUUUGUAAGUUCUGUUUUUUAUUCAGUGACAAGUUAACAUUAUACAGAGAGAAUGUACAAAUAUACACUAAACAGAAGAAAAACUGAUUCAUGAUGAGUAUUUAAUCAUGACAAGUACAGAGCUUAAGUUUAAUGCCUUUCCCCAGUUUACUUUAAAACAGAACCGAUAUAUUCCACCUACCCCAGGUUCAUCUUCUUUAAUUGUGGAAAGGGAUACCCCAAGAUGAACACAUGCCCAUCCUUUAGCAGCAACAGAAUGAACUUGUAUGCUGUGGUUGAACACUAGAGCCAAGCUAACCAACAAAAAUAUUUUUCCAAAUGGUAUUUGUAGAUUAUCCAACAAAAUAAGUAAUAAAAUGGAUUAAAGAAUGCUCA